AUGCUGUUUAAGAAGAUCUCAUUUUUAGUAUGCACUCGGCAAGCGCCACCUGUAAUUCUGGACGACUCUAUGGGCGAUACUGUAGCCCUACUAGGCCAGGAUGUUGAUUUCACGUGUAAAGUCGACAAUCUGGGCAAACAUAUGGUAGCAUUUGUGAGAGCAAGUACACCGCCACGAUUAAUUUCCUUUGAUGAAAAGAUUUUUCGACAAAAAGAAAAAUUCGAGUUGAAGUCUAAAAUGGGACCGCUUAACAACGAAUGGAUAUUGACGAUCAAAAACGUGCAGGAGACCGAUCGUGGGAACUAUUCGUGCCAAGUGAAUGCCGAUCCUGUUUUGAGCGCCACUGCUGAGCUGGACAUCAAAGUACCACCAGCAGUCUCCAGAGGAACUCCGUCAGCUGUGGAGGUUCGUGAAGGUCAUAAUGUGACGCUCACAUGCAAAGCGGAAGGGAAUCCGACGCCAACGGUGGUCUGGCGUCGCCAAGACAAACAGAUCAUCCGAUACAAUGGUGCCACCGGAUUUGGAGCCAGUGUGUUCCACGGUUCCAGCCUGCAUCUGACAAAAGUGAAUCGAAAACAUAUGAGCGAAUACGUUUGUGUGGCCAGUAACGGAAUCCCUCCGGAUGAAACGUGGACGGUUAAACUGCUUGUAACAUUUCCUCCACUAAUGCAGGCAAAAACUCCAACCGUACGAAUUCCACUCGGUGGUCUAGCCAGACUUGUAUGUACAGCUGAAUCAUGGCCAAGACCGGAUGUCACAUGGGACAAGGACGGACAACAGAUCUUUGACUCGGACAACUAUGCUACGUCCCAAACCGUCUCUGGACAGUACCAUAGUGUGCAUGUGUUAGAAAUUCGACGGGUCGAAAAACAUCAUUACGGUAGUUAUCGAUGUACAGCUCGUAACGAUAAUGGAGUACAUUUUGCUGAUAUUGACCUGGAAGAAGCCGAGCCGAACUUCUUAUACACGAACGCGAUUCAAGAAGGUUCUGGUUUAGUGAUCAGUGAUGACGAGGAUUCAGAUAAAGAUGCGUCAACAGACGACGACAGCUACGCACGAGCAGUCGACACGCAGCCGGUUCGAUCCAUAUCGUUCACAUCCUCGUCACUACAAACUCGUACCACACCACGUUCUGCCGAAGGCACGUGUUUUCAGAUACGGGCUACUGUAGGUGCAAACCCGGCUUUGCAAGAGAUUCUUGUGGACGGAUUUGCUCCAAAGUCUUCUGGGGAUGAACUGUGCCUAAAUGAGAUACUCUGUGUGGUGCUGCUGCGUAUGGUCCGCACUCUGUUCUCGCGUGUCGAAGCAAAAGUGGGCCCGAAUGGUGGAGGUUUACCGGUGAACGCAAGUGUCCUCCAGGGUUUCAGAGGGUUACUUUGUGAUUCUAUCAGCUUAAGAAAUGUGACCGUAAUGGUGAAAGUUGUCAACAAAAAACUGGAAAAUGUACCUUUGUUACUGGACAUCAAAGUCAUCGGUGAGAACAAGGUUAGGGUUGCGGUUCGGACCCUGCAGGCAGCCAGCCAGGGAAAGGGUUGUUGCGGUGGUGGUGUGGUGCGGCUAUCGAACGAGGCGGAGUACGACACAAUGCAACACGACACCACGAUAAUGCGGAUAAGAGACUGGACCGAGAUCCGGGCAUACCACAAUGAAGAUCUUUGUCCUGAAAUUGAUGUGGUAUACCGGCGGAUGACCAGUGGAAGGAGACCGGCAAACCACCUUGAUCAACGAGUUCUGAGGAAUUUGUCGGGCUCGAGCUGGAAGAAGCCACCUGGCCGAAAACGGAAGCUCUGGACUGAAGUGGUAAAAGAGGACGAGAGGACACUCGGUGUGGAUAGGAAAAGGAGGACACCGGACAUAAAAGGGAUACAUAUAGUUGGAUCAAAACGUCAUGAAGCAUCUGCCAUCUUCACCGCGCCGCUUGAAGCAGCGGCUGCGCUUCAAGCGGUGAAGAUGGCAGUUGGAAUCGACGUGGGACCAUUGCAAAUGCCAUAUCAUUACUGCAAAGGAACGGUUGGUUUACCGUCUCAUAGUGGCGUGAAAGUGACUCUGGGGAUCCAGCUGCGAUGCACAGCGGAGGUACGUCCUCUGGGAGGGACUCCCAAGCUUAGAAGAACUUCGACACCUCCGACAUUUCGACUUCUCGAAAUCGUUUCACGUGAUUGCUCUGCGAAAGACGAGUGCAGAAGGAGCGACGUACGAGAAAUGAAUGACGAUAAGCUCAUCACUCGUCAUUCAAGAACAAGUCGGAUGUCUCAUGGAUUCAGCUCGAACAUCGUCCAGACCGUAUCGAGAGUCAUGAACGUUGAUAGCGAAUACCACCUACCUCUUAUUCUAACCUCCGUCGACUCUGAGAAAGCCUUCGCCAGCUUAGCAACGAUUACAACUCUGUCAGUGCUCUUCGAUCAAGACGAGGACGUGUCGUGUCAGUGCUGGUCGAUCAAGACGAGGAAAGUGCUACGAUCGAUGCACCACUACGAUACAACUCUUCUACGCUAUCCCCCGCCCACCAUAUCUGUUGAAACGGGAUAA